GGCGGCCGCACCACGCGACGCGCCCAAACCCCCCACAAAAAAACCCUACCGCGGGCGGAGGGGAGGAGACGUCAGGGAGGAGACGCCAUGGGGGUCGCGUGGUCGUCGCGAGCGGCGGCCAAGCUGGACGUGCGGGUCGCCGUCAUCGGCGACCAUGGCACCGGCAAGUCCAGCCUCGUCGCCACCAUCGCCACCGGGAGGUUCCCCGAUCAGGACGACGGCGUCGCCCGCGUCUUGCCACCCGCCCGCCUCCCCGUCGACUACUUCCCCGCCCGCGUCCCCGUCACCAUCGUCGACACCUCCUCCAGGUACGUUCGCCGCCGUCGUCGCCUCUCUCCCCAAAUCGAGCCGUCUUCGUCGCUUCUCUCCCCUAAUCGUGUGUCAUCGUCGUGUGUCGAUUUGAUUUGUGCUGGUGGUGGUGUUGAUCGAUUCGGCGUGUGAUCGAUGAUCGCCGAGUGCCAGACGGCGGACGCGGUGGUGCUCACUUACGCGUGCGACAGGCCGAACACGUUGGAGCGGAUCACCACAUUCUGGCUCCCCAAGAUCCGGCGCCUCCUGCAGUCGAAGGUGCCGGUGAUUCUCGCGGGGUGUAAGGUCGACCUAAGUGACAAGCAGCAGCAGGCCGGCCUUGAAAAUGUGCUGGACUUCAUCAUGUGUACAUUUAGAGAGGUUGAGAUCUAUCUGGAGUGCUCGGCGCUUCACCGGAUAAAGGUGGAUGAGGUCUUCUACUGUGCCCAAAUGGCAGUGCUUCGCCCAACAACUCCUCUAUUUGAUAAAGCAACGCGAUCUAUAAAGCCACGGUGCAUGAUGGCUUUUCAACAGAUAUUUUCUCUUUAUGACCGUGACAAGGAUGGUGCAGUUAGUGAUGCGGAGAUGAAUGCAUUUCUGGUUAGAUGCUUCAAGGUCUCUCUCCAACCUGCUGAAAUUGCAGAUAUGAAGAGGGUGGUUCAACAACAUAUGAUUGGAUGCGUGAAUGAUAAUGGCCUUAUUACCUUCAUUGGAUUCCUUUACCUUCAUGUUGUUUUUAUUGCGAAAGGAUGAGAGGAAACUACAUGGGCCGUACUUAGGAAGUUUGGUUAUGAUAACGAAUUGGUUCAUGGCUUUUCUUGGUGGCCACGGGCAUUAGCCCUUCAGCGACGACCUAUCUCCUAAAAAGAACAUAUUAUUUAGGAUUAUUGUGUGCGCAAUUUAAUACUAUACUCCCAAAUGCAAAGUUAAACAUUUUUACUUACAACUUUAUUGGUAUUGAUGUUGUCUUCAAUGGAAUAUCUUGCUCUCUCGCUAAGAUUGUCUCUAUACCCUCUGGGCGGAAAGGUUGGAAAGGUUUCUUAGCUAGAGUUGUAAUAGAUUCUUGGAAAGUAGUUAUUUCUUCCUCUACAUUCCAAUGUAAUUUAGUUAAAACAAUUUGUACUUUCUCUCCCUUAAUGAUAAUUCAGGUGGGGAAACUCUAUCUCGGUGCAA